AUGGGGAUCAGUCUGCUUUCCCCCUUCUGCCGCUUUCCGCACGUCUUCAAGACCCCCGGGCUGCGGGCCCCCGCCUCCCACGAGCCCGUCUUCAGCGUCUCCGCCAACGGCAGCCCCUUGGCAGGCAGCAGCAGCGACGUCUUCGUCACCCUUCCCGUCGGCAAAGGGGAGAGCAUCCGCGUCAAGGCCAGCGACCUCACGGAGAAGGACCUUCAGCGCCUGAACCCGGCUGCUCUCGGGAGCAUGAAGAAGCUCUCGGCCCAGAUCCUGCGCUUGUGCAAGUAGAAGACCAGCGGCUAUUUCGAACUUGUUUGGAGACCUGUUGUUUUCUGGGGAAUGGACUUUGGCCUUCAGCCGCUCCUCUGUGUUGGGAUUUGGACCAGGGAGGUGGUGGGCAAAUGGAGACCCCAGGCAUCGCCCUGCAGCUGGGUUUGGGAAGGGGCUGCACGAGGCACUUCCGCUGUCCAAGCAUCCCUCUUGCUUUGGCCUCUGGCCACCUCGUCAUCACAGCCAAGAGGAAGAGGGCUAAAGAGUGGCCCUCGCCUGCCAGUUCCCCUUGUUUUGCUGGGGUGGGGGGUUGCCCUUUUCCCUCUCCCUCCCCGUGGUUGUCUGUCUCUCUGGCCUACCAAUAUCAUUUGUUUUUAACGUUUUGCCUUUUGGACUUAGAAACACUCCUAUUUCAGGUGUGUGUCCUUUGAACGAGUCUCUCGGUUGGCCAUGUUUUUAGAACUGAAUUGAAAUGUCCUGAAUAAAAAGUAAUAGCAA